CGGGUCGAAGUCGAAGCCAAGAGUCGUGAGCCAGUUCUCUGGUGGCCGGUUCGAGAAGGACUGCCACGGGAGCGCUCUAAUAGAGUAUAUACGGGAGCGGUGCCAUUAUUAUUUUUCGCUCCGCUUACCUAAAUCGACAAUAACAGCAAGAGCGCGGAGUGGCCGGCCUUUCGAGUCCCGGUCGUCCCUUACCUUCGUUACAAUACAACCACCCCCCGAGUUACCUCUGACGAUUAUUGACAGCCGAUUGAGAGUCAACGAGAUCACGUUGCACAGCGAGGAUGUCUUACGGCGCGAGGAUUCUGCAGGCGCAGAAAGUUGCCGUCUUUGCGGCUGAAAUCCAGCAAAGAUGCUUCAACACGAGUCCACUCACCUUUGCGGCCGCAAAGGUGGCUAUGUCCAAAUUUGACUCCAAUGCUCACUUACCUUACGACAAACUCGAAGACAGACUUAAAGUCGUAAAGAAAAGGCUAGACCGUCCCUUGACCCUCUCGGAAAAAGUUUUGUACUCCCACAUAGAUGAUCCCCAAAACCAAGAAGUCAUCCGCGGCACGAGCUACUUGCGGCUACGCCCCGACCGCGUCGCUAUGCAGGACGCCACGGCCCAAAUGGCCAUGCUCCAAUUCAUCAGCUCUGGACUACCAAAGGUGGCGGUUCCCUCGACCAUCCACUGCGAUCACUUGAUCGAGGCCCAGAUCGGGGGCGAGAAGGACCUCAAGCGCGCCAAGGACAUCAACAAGGAGGUAUACAACUUCUUGAAAACCGCCGGCGCCAAGUAUGGGGUUGGAUUCUGGAACCCGGGCUCUGGAAUUAUCCACCAGAUCAUCCUCGAGAACUAUGCUUUCCCCGGCCUCCUCAUGAUCGGCACGGACUCCCACACGCCCAACGGCGGUGGCCUUGGUGGCUUGUGCAUCGGUGUGGGCGGUGCCGAUGCCGUCGACGUCAUGGCCAACAUCCCGUGGGAACUGAAGUGCCCCAAGGUGAUCGGCGUCAAGCUCACGGGCAAACUGUCGGGCUGGACGAGCCCGAAGGACAUCAUCCUGAAACUCGCCGGUAUCCUGACCGUAAAGGGCGGCACCGGAGCCAUCGUCGAGUACUUCGGGUCAGGCGUUGACAGCAUCAGCUGCACCGGCAUGGCCACCAUCUGCAACAUGGGCGCCGAAAUAGGCGCCACCACCUCGGUCUUCCCCUACAACGACCGCAUGAAGGACUACCUCAAGUCGACCAAGCGCGAUGACAUCGCGGCUGCCGCAGAUCAGUACAAGUCGGCACUCCUGACGGCCGACAGCAAUGCCAAGUACGAUCAGAUCGUCGAGAUCGACCUGUCCACGCUCGAGCCCCACGUCAAUGGGCCCUUCACGCCCGACCUCGCGAACCCCAUCUCCCAGUUGGGUCAAAUAGCGAAAAAGAACGGCUGGCCGAACGAGGUGAAGGUCGGCUUGAUCGGUUCCUGCACCAACAGCUCGUACGAGGACAUGGGCAGGUGCGCCAACAUAGCCAAGCAGGCGCUCAAGCACGGCUUGAAGUCCAAAUCUGCGUUCAACGUCACCCCUGGCUCGGAACAGAUUCGCGCCACCAUCGAGCGCGACGGUAUUGCUCAGACCCUCCGCGAGUUUGGCGGUGUAGUCCUCGCCAACGCGUGCGGGCCCUGCAUCGGCCAGUGGGACCGCCAGGACAUCAAAAAGGGUGACAAAAACACCAUAGUCACCUCGUACAACCGUAACUUUACCGGUCGCAACGACGCCAACCCUGCGACCCACGCUUUCGUCACCAGCCCCGAGCUCGUGACUGCCCUCUCGAUAGCCGGACGCCUCGACUUCAAUCCCAUCAAGGACAAACUCAAGGGCGCCGACGGAAAGGAAUUCCUCCUGGACUGUCCAUACGGGAACGAGCUGCCGAGUAAGGGCUUCGAUCCUGGCGCGGACACGUACGACGCCCCACCCGCCGAUGGCAGCAAGGUCAAGGUCGACGUCGACCCCAAAUCCCAGCGCCUACAGCUGCUGGAGCCGUUCGACAAGUGGGACGGCAAGGACCUCACCGACUUGACCAUUUUGAUCAAGGUCAAGGGCAAGUGCACCACCGACCACAUUUCCGCGGCCGGGCCCUGGCUGAAGUUUCGGGGCCACUUGGACAACAUCUCGAACAACAUGUUCAUCAGCGCAACGAACGCCGAGAACGGCGAGAUGAACAAGAUCAAGAACCAGUUGACGGGUGACUGGGGCGGCGUGCCCGACGUGGCCCGCCACUACAAGAAGAACGGGGUCAGGUGGUGCACCAUCGGUGACGAGAACUACGGCGAGGGCUCGUCCCGGGAGCACGCCGCGCUCGAGCCCCGCCACCUGGGCGGCCGUGCCAUCAUCGUCAAGAGCUUUGCUCGCAUUCACGAGACCAACCUCAAGAAGCAGGGCAUGCUGCCCCUCACGUUCGCCAACGCGGCCGACUACGACAAGAUCGAGCCCACCGACAAGAUCAGCCUGCUCGGCUUGAAGGACCUUGCGCCCGGAAAGCCCGUGAAGUGCGAGAUCAAACACAAGAACGGCAAGACGGAGACCAUAGAGCUGAACCACACUCUGAACGACCAGCAAAUCACGUGGUUCAAAGCAGGCUCGGCCCUCAACCGCAUGAAGGAGAUCGCCGCCGGCAAGUGAGCAGCCAACCACCUAAUCCGAGCCUCCCUCCGACCUCCCCAUCCGACGGCAAAUGUGACGAAAAAACGUUUCUACAACUAGUUACACUUAGGCUGGUUCUAUAUGCGUAUAUAUAUAUAUGGUAUUGAAUUAGGACUCCCGAUAAAUAGCGGCUUCACAACUGUUCCUUCCAAUCUCCCUUGGCUUUGAAAUCUUUGUUGCUCGAUGUUACCGAUUUCCAAACGGGAGAGCGGAAGAUACGAAUGUGGUCGCGUCGGCGAUGCAAUCGUUAUUAUUUUUAGGCCCCGUGAUUAUGCAACGCGAAAAAAUUUACGUUACGGCUUUUAAAGAAAUCUAUUGCUGAAUCUUUGUAUGAUACAUUAGUAUUGUGAAGCUGGAUUUUUAAAAAAAAUCGGCUCCAUUGUACCCCUUGACAGGUACUUUCGUAACCCGUUUAUUACAGAUGCAUCAGGAUUAAAUUUUGAGAUCUGUAUUGUUUUAGGAUGAUGAUCGAACGAUAAUCGUAGAUCGCGUUUAAAGUGCUAAAACUUAAACAUAAUGAAUAAUAACGAUAAAUAACAAGAAAAAAAAAAAAAAAAAAAAAAA